CCAUUGAGUCACGGCGCGCUGUGAGCCCCGCUCGGGCGAUUUUUACCUACUGAAGCCCGGGGAGAGCGGAGAGACCGAGGCGGGCGUUCCGAUUAGGGCGCUGGGGCGAAGUGUAGACUUCUCCCGGGGCUGCGGCGUUCCAAAGAAAGAUUACCUCGCCUGUAGUCGGGGGACCAGCCGCAGGCAGGGGGAGGGGGGCGCUUUCCCACAGACGGAUCAGCUUUUUUGCAGCCCUUGUUGAGCGAGGGCGAAGAAUAGAGAUAACUGGGACCGAAAAAAUGAAUCGGAGUUUUAAUAAAUCUCAGAGUCUGCGGUUUUUCGAUUGUAACGCAGUGGAAGUCAAGAGUAAGUUUGGGGCUGAGUUUCGAAGAUUUUCUUUGGACCGUUAUAAACCUGGAAAGUUUGAAGACUUCUACAAGCUUAUUCUUCACAUCCAUCACAUCUCAAACACGGACGUAAUGAUUGGAUAUGCCGACGUGCAUGGUGACCUACUGCCCAUCAACAAUGAUGACAAUUUCUUCAAGGCUGUCUCAAGUGCAAACCCACUGCUCAGAGUCUUCAUUCAAAGACAAGAAGAAGUAGACUACUGUAACUUUGGCACCAGUACGUUAACUAGGAAGAAAAAGGUCCUGGUCACCCUUCGUAAUGAUAACCUUCGCCGGCGUCCUCACCUCAACAUCAGUAUGCCCCAUGACUUCCGACCAGUGUCUUCCAUCAUUGACGUGGAUAUCCUUCCAGAAACCCACAGGAGGGUCCGGCUAUAUCGGCACGGGUGUGAGAAACCACUUGGUUUUUAUAUUCGUGAUGGUACCAGUGUGCGGGUGACACCCCAUGGCCUUGAGAAAGUUCCAGGCAUCUUCAUUUCCCGCAUGGUCCCCGGUGGCCUUGCUGAGAGCACAGGGCUGCUGGCUGUGAAUGAUGAAGUCUUAGAAGUGAAUGGGAUUGAAGUGGCUGGCAAAACCCUUGACCAGGUCACAGACAUGAUGAUUGCCAACAGCCAUAAUCUUAUCAUCACUGUUAAACCAGCCAACCAAAGGAACAAUAUUAUCCGUAGCAGCCGGAUGUCUGGUAGCUCGGGUCAGUCAACAGACAGUACAGCCAGUCACCAUAGCUUGCCUUCUUCCCAUGUCCUACAGAACUUCCACCCUGAUGAAAUGGAGAGUGAUGAAGAGACCGACAUUGUCAUUGAAGGAGCUCUAGAGCCCCAGCAUAUUUCCAAAACGCCAAGUUUGCCUUCUGGCAGUCUCUCACGGGUCAAUGGCACCAAUUUCUGCCACAGACUACAGCGGGAUCUUACACUUAACACCUCCAGUCGAGAAAGCAAUGGCAACCUCCACAAAAUACUAAGCUCCCUAAAAUCAGAUCCCCGUAAUAGUCUGGUCAUUCCUAGGGGAGGAAUUGAAGAGGAUGGAACAGUGAUCACCCUUUAGUGGUUCCACUGUGUUCUCUAGGGUGUGUGGGGUCUGGAAGUGAAUCAGAACAGAACCACACACACUGAAGGACUAAAAAACUUAUAUUGUUACAAACCUCACGGGUAGAAGGAAAAAGAAUUGCAAGAGAGUGUGAUUUCAUUGAUUAUAUGCAUAAUGGUCACAUACAAGAACACUGAGGGAGAAAUAACACAGAAAGUAGCUAUCCCCUAAGAAGAAACUCAAUUGUAUAUUUCUUUUCUUGUUUGUCUUCCUUUUCCUGUUUUGCACGGUUCUUUCCAAGGUAUAGGUUGGAAAAUAGAAGUGUCCUGUAAUUAUAAUGACUUUGCAAAUGCAUAUAAAUUAUAUUUAUAUUAAUGCUUCUAUGUAAGAACUGGCCCAUUUGCAAAUCAAUUCUAUCACAUCCAAAUGCAAUAAAAGCCUUAUUCAGAGCUUUUAAAAUAUGAAAUUGUUGUAGUUGUUGUAUUAAGAAACAAUGAGUUUGAAAACAAAUACAACUUCUCAUUUUAAAUAUGGAUAUCAUUUACCAAAAACAUUAAAUGGCCACUGCACACAGGCAAACCCCCUCUCUUUAUUUACAGAUAGGCUUUACAAGUGUAUUGGUUUGUGCAUCUAGGCAUUAACAUUACAUACAUGGCUCAACUAUUAGGAAUGAGGCUGAAUGUUUUACAAACAUAUCUGAAACUUAAAAGGUACAGCCAUAUAAAAAAAUAAACUUGUCUUUGCUGUUUGUAUAAAUCAGUCUAAUUACAUCACAGUAAGUAUUGUCAAAGUAGGCACUGGGGGUGGGUGUAGCUAUUGUCCAUUACCUAAAAAAUUCUGGAAUAUCCCCUCUUUUGAGUGAGGGGCUUGAUUUUUUAGAAACAUCCAAAAGUCACUAGGCACAUUAACCAGGAAGAAGUAGUUUUUAAAAAAGAAAGAGGAAAGAACCUAUAGAGCCUAUAGCUAGACUUGAUUUUUCCCAACAUCUGAAGGCAAUUCCAAAAAUGUCUGUAGCAGUGUCAGUACUUUGGGAUAAUUGUGUGGCCUCCCAAGGUGAGACAACAGUCAUUUGAAUAUUUAAGUUCUGAAGUGGAUAUGAAACAUACACAUUCAGAGGCAGACCUAUAACGGCACAUACAUACAUAUGUUUCCACAUGUGUCUAUAUGGAAACAUGCCUAUACACAUGUAUAUGUGUUCAUGUAUACUCACGUAAAUAUACAUAGAUAUUUGUGUCAACAUACACCUAUAAAUCAGAAUUUAUAUACUAAAAUGACUGUUUGUCUUAUGAAGUAGUGUUCUUGGAGGAGGACAUGCACUUAUCCCAAUAAUUGCUACAUUUCUACAAAUAGCUGUGGAAUAGUCUUCAGAAUGUAUAUAAAUAUAUAUUAUGUGCGUAUGUAGGUAUAUAAACAUGUUUGUGCACAUACACAUGUAUUUAUGUGUAUAUAUAUAAAUAUAGUGUCACAUGUGUAUAUGCAUAUAAACACGUGUUUAUACAUGAAUGUGUGUCAUAUGUAUAUAUGCAAUAUUUGAAUGUGCGUCUAUAAGCAAUGCAUAUAUUUAUACAUGCAUGUGUAUAUAAAUACAUGUGUUGCCUUAUAUGAGGCCAUCUAUAUAGACAUAUACCAACAUGUGCACAUAUUUACACAAUGCACAUUUUAUAUGUGUAUGCACAAACAUGUUUGUAUGGUACACAUGUGUAUGUAUGCAUACAUGUAUGUUCCUUUUGUUUAUACGUUUUUUGCAGGUCAUAUAGAACUUACUGCUUUUUAACAGAGACCAAUGUUACCUUGCAAAUGCUAAUUCCAUCAUUUUUAUGGUCAUUUUCCUUUAUUCUUCCAGGAAUGUGUUUACAUAUUAACUAAUUUUAAGAUUUCCUAAUGUUCUAGUUAAAUUUUAUAUGAAAUGUAUUUUAUUGGGGGGGGGACAUCCAACAUUUAUUCUGCGAGUUCAUCCAAAAUAAAUUUUUGUAUAAAUAAGUAUGUGUAAAAUAUUUUUUAAACAUUGUCGCAGACAGGGAAAGCUAUGGCUGCUGAUUUCAUGAUUCCUUUUAGAUCAGCACCACUUACUGGUCAAUGGAAGUACUGUUUCGAGAUACAUACAUUCACAUAUGACAUACUGUAUGUUGUAAGGAAAACAGCUGACAAAGGGCUUUUAAUGAAUUAUGUGAAUGAUAUUUUUUCUUUUGGAAAAUAUUUAUAUCAGACAAAAAUUGUGUAUUUUGGGGUAACUGUGGUUCUCUUCACCUGUGCUAGUAUUUUUGGUACACUGUGGGAUGCAAACAGCUUUAAUGAGCUCUUCUGGUCCACAAUAUGUGUAGAUCUGAAGAUGAUUCUGCUUUCAGAGAUCAUGGGGAAAAGACUCAAGCAAGAUGAACAUUAUGCACCAUAAUGAAAAAUGCAAUGGCCCUGGUUUUUGUUCCUUCCAGAAUGCAAAUAUGAGUAUUACUGAGCAAACUGUUGUCUUCAUCAUGUGAACCCUAACAAUCAUUCGCUGAAUAUACUGCAGGCUAUUCACUUGCUUGGUUCAUUUAGUAACUCGUUCUGUUGGCGAAAGUUGAGAGUACUUUUGUAUCGACCUACUUUUGUUGCCUAAUUUAGAAAAUGUCAGUCAUUAAAAAGGAAAAGAAAAGAAAACUCAGUGGGAAAUGUCUUAAAUUUUAAGAACAAAGUGUAUUUUUCUACCUUCGGCUACUUGUCAUUUUCUUAAAAAAAAAACAAACCUUUGUAGUAUUGCUUAUUAAAGUUUUGGUUUUUGUAUG